GAAGGGUUCUCUCUCUCUCUUUCUGCCUUACCCUCUCUCUCUCUCUCUGAUGCGGGGAGCAGCGCCGUGCCGUGUGUGUGUGUGAGCGUGUUGCUGAGAGAUGAUGAAACGUCCGCGUCAGUGAGCCGUUGGGAAGCUUCUCCCUGCCUGAGGAUGUGAGAGAAUUGGAGGCUGAACGAGGGAUCCACUCCAUCCUGCAGGCCGAGCCGUCUGCACAGGCCUGCUUUCCCUCUUUCUCUCUCUCUCCAUCCUUUCUCGUGAGGCAUCUCUCACCCUUUUUUUCCCUCCUUGUUCUUCCUCUGUGGAGCAAGGGAAUCGUCAUCCCCCCAUCGAUUCUUUUUUUGUGGUGGUGGCUCCCUCCUCCUCCUCUUCCUCCUCCUCCUCCUCCUCCCCCUCUCUCUCCAUCUCCACCACCUCCUCCUCCUCUUUUUUUCUCUAUUCUUCAAGAAGACCUUUUUGGAAUAGCAAACCUCCAUGUAUGACAAUUUGUACCUGCAUGGAUUUGAAGACUCGGAGGCGGGUUCAGCUGAUUCCUACACUAGCAGGCCGUCUGAUUCAGAUGUGUCGUUGGAGGAGGAGAGGCCGGAGGGGGGUAGUCAGGGCCGCCAGGAGCGAGAACAGCAGGCUGCACAGCAGUUGGAGAGGGCAAAGGCCAAAGCGGUGGCCUUUGCCGUGAAGACAAAUGUCAGUUACUGUGGUGCGCUGGAUGAAGAUGUGCCUGUGCCAGGAACUGCCAUCUCAUUCGAUGCAAAAGACUUCCUGCACAUCAAAGAGAAGUUUAAUAAUGACUGGUGGAUUGGGAGGCUGGUGAAAGAAGGCUGUGAGAUUGGUUUUAUCCCCAGUCCCCUGAAGCUGGAGAAUAUCAGAGCACAGCUGGAACAGAAGAAAAGCCGCGUACAAGGUAAGUCCAGUGGAAGCUCGUCCUCCAGUUUGGGGGAUGUGAUGUCAUCAGGGAAGCAGAAACAGAAAGUGACUGAACACGUGACUCCCUAUGAUGUUGUGCCUUCCAUGAGGCCUGUGGUGCUGGUUGGUCCAUCCCUGAAAGGAUAUGAGGUCACUGAUAUGAUGCAGAAAGCUCUUUUUGACUACUUGAAACACCGGUUUGAUGGCAGGAUAACUAUCACACGUGUGACAGCAGACAUCUCACUGGCAAAGAGAUCAGUGCUUAACAAUCCCAGCAAGAGAGCCAUUAUUGAGCGCUCAAAUACCAGAUCCAGUCUUGCUGAGGUACAGAGCGAGAUUGAGCGCAUAUUUGAACUAGCUCGCUCACUCCAGCUGGUUGUGCUGGAUGCAGACACCAUCAACCAUCCUGCUCAGCUGUUGAAGACUUCACUAGCACCCAUCAUCGUCCAUGUCAAAGUGUCCUCGCCAAAGGUCCUCCAGCGGCUCAUCAAGUCCAGAGGAAAGUCGCAGAGUAAACAUCUCAAUGUACAGCUCGUAGCAGCAGAUAAACUAGCACAGUGUCCUCCGGAGAUGUUUGACAUCAUCUUGGACGAGAAUCAGUUGGAAGACGCAUGCGAGCACCUGGCGGAGUAUCUUGAGGCGUACUGGAAGGCCACCCACACCUCCAGCAGUACCCCACUCAACCCUCUGCUGGGCAGGAACCUCGGCCCUGCUGCCCUGGCCCCUUACACUACGUCUGCCAUAUCCGGCCUGCAGAAUCAACAGGGACAAAAAACACGGCACGCCAACCACACCGGGGACAACUCCACCCCCAACGAACGGCGCAACCUGAUGACCUCAGAUGAGAACUACCACAACGAGCGAGCGCACAAGGGACGGAACCGGGGCUCCUCUGGCUCUCAGCACGGCGGCAGCGGUCGAGACCACCACUACAUGGAAGAGCAGCAGGGCUACCAGGACCCCUACCAGGACACCUACAAGCCCCACCGCAACCGCAGUUCCCCAGGCAGCUACAGCCAGGACUCACGACACCGGCUCUGAGCCACCCUGCCCCGUUUCGUCCUCCAAGCCUGAGCCACAGAGCCACCGAGCCAAAAUGGCUUCUGUCCACAAUUGUAUACAUCUUCCAUUAUGUUUUCCUUUUGUUAGGGUCUCUUGAGCUACAAAGCAGAAACUGUUUAGCCCCUCCUGAACCUUCGCCAUCUGACCAAAGCCUGCAUUUCCACCUGCUUAUUCGAGGCUCAAUGUGUCUGCCUGGGGAAAGAGGACCUUUUAACAUGCAAUUGGAGACAGUUGUUAUGCUUUCACAUGUUAAUAUGCUUGUUGACUUUUUGUUUUUUGUCUAUUCUGUUGCAAAAAGGCAGGUUUUCCUUCUUCCAAGCAACCAUUUAACUUCAAAAUGGAAUUGAAUGAUUGGUUGGCCCUUAAAAGCAAAUAUUCUGUGAAGCUAGCAAUAGCAGAGAAUCGGAGAGUUUCAAAGGGUGUAUGCAGGAUCCCUGAAAACCGAAUAAGGAGCUCAGUUAGUCUUUAUGUCAUUAUUGCCAGCAUGUUACCUGACCGCAUGCUUCCCUUGUCAUUAGUGCAUAAACUUGAGCGGACAGACCAAUAAGCAGGACCCCGAGAAAGUGGCUGCCAAACUGGAACAUUUCAGUAAUAAUGUAACACAAACCUACUGCCAGCUGUCUUUUGUUACAGAAAAUGGAAUCUUAAAUACAAAGAUCUUUGGAGUUUUCCAAAGCCUCGAAAUCUUAGGCGGAGGAAUUUCCACAUAACUUCUGCCGUAAACAGCAGGAAUCUCAGAUUCAGCCACAGACAGCCACUCAUCUGUGCAGUUUAGCAUGACGCACUGCAUCCAGUGCCAUGGACUCGUUUCGUGCCAGGCAUUCAUUUCCAGUUAGAAAAGACAGCUUAAAGAGAUGCAUAACAUAGGAAUGCUGAAGAACAAAAAUGUCGCUGUGAUCUAGUCCUCAGUAGAGUUAGCAAGACUUUUUAUGAUUCAUUUUCAUAAUUUAAUGGCAGAAAUGAUGGCACUUUG